CACUACAGUGGGGAGUCAACAACGCCGAAGGUGGGAAAGUGGAAGGAAAGCACGCACACAGCGGGUGAAGACACCUCGCGGCGUCGCCUUCCCUGUGCUCUGCUUGCUUUCGCACUUUCCUGUGCUCUGCUUGCUGUCGCCACGCCAAAUCUCUACCUCGUCGCUGAAUCCGUGGAGCUCCCGUUUGGAGGUCCGCAAGUCGGUGAAUCGACUUUUUAUUGGUCAGGACUCAGAGGGGAAAUCGCUUUUUGCGUUCGCUUGCUGGAACGUUUGAUAGGCAGGGAAAGGGAAUCUCUUUCCAGAUCGGUGAGGACUCUUCUCGUUGAGCUGUGUAGGGAAGGGGGAGAAAGAGGCUGAGCCGAUCUCAUUGCUGUUUUACAAAUUGUGAUGGGGAAUUGCUGGUGUGCUCGGGCAAAAGGACAUCUAACUUUAUGCUUGUGUCUGAACUAUAACAAAAGUAACAGAGAUAUAAAUAAGUUAAGUGGUUCUAGCAGCAAGGUCUCUGCGGCGUCAGGGUCUCUCACUCCCCGCAGUGAGGGUGAAAUCUUGCUGUCAGCAAAUGUAAAGAGGUUUACCUUCAGUGAAUUGAGAACAGCCACCAGGAACUUUAGACCGGAUAGUGUGGUUGGGGAGGGAGGCUUCGGUUCAGUGUUUAAGGGGUGGAUCGAUGAGCAGACGCUGACACCAACGAGACCUGGCAGUGGUGUGGUUAUUGCAGUGAAGAAGCUCAACCAAGAAGGCUUUCAAGGUCACAGAGAAUGGUUGGCAGAGGUGAACUUCCUCGGCCAGUUGUCUCAUCCUCAUCUUGUGAAGCUGAUUGGAUAUUGCCUAGAGGAUGAACAACGACUUCUUGUCUAUGAGUUUAUGCCUCGAGGAAGCUUAGAGAACCACCUCUUCAGGAGGGGUUCUUAUGUUCAACCACUCACUUGGAAACUGCGUAUGAAGAUUGCCCUUGGAGCAGCAAAAGGGCUUGCAUUUUUGCAUAGUGACACGGCAAAAGUGAUAUAUCGUGAUUUUAAAGCUUCUAAUGUCCUUUUAGAUUCAAACCACAAUGCAAAACUUUCUGAUUUCGGAUUGGCAAAAGAUGGUCCAACAGGUGACAAAAGUCAUGUAUCUACAAGGGUCAUGGGAACUUAUGGAUAUGCAGCUCCUGAAUAUCUUGCAACAGGCCAUUUGACUUCCAAAAACGAUGUGUAUAGCUUUGGAGUUGUUCUUCUAGAGUUAUUGUCUGGACGACGUGCGGUGGACAAGAACCGUCCAACAGGAGAACAAAAUUUGGUGGAGUGGGCGAAGCCUUUCCUUACAAGCAAGAGAAGGAUAUUUCGUGUCUUGGACACGCGCUUAGGAGGGCAGUACGCUCUUUCAGGAGCACAAAUUGCUGCCACCCUUGCCCUCCAGUGCUUAUCCAUGGAAGCAAGGCGCAGGCCAACCAUGGACCAAGUGGUAACUGCCCUGGAACAGCUUCAGGAUGCUAAAGACAUCGCCCGAAACCCUCACAGUGAACACAAGUUGAGUCUUGUAAAGCAUCCGUAAUAAGAAGAUUCACCCAAGUUGUUUUGUAGAAGAUCAGAUGAAAUUUCCCUAGGAAAGGUUGCUCAACCCAUCACUGCAGCUUCCCCUUAUUAUACCAAGUGAAUAAAACCUCAAAAUGUCAUCUCAAAUCUCGUGAGCAAAUCUAUGCCCCCUGACUGUGUACAGCUCUCUCUUGUUCGUCAUCUUCUCGAUGGUGAGUCUAUAGCACUCGCCACUCGGUUGACUAGGCGAAGCUAUUGGUUUCACCAUUUGAUUUUGCUAGUGUAUUUGGCCUUUGGUUGUGUGUUAAUGGAUGGUUUACUUUGUGCUUCAGUUACUUUUGCUCUACCAAUGGAGUGCUUACCUAACUAUGAGACUAAAUAUGUAGACUAUGGAGUCACUGGUCAUUCAAUAUAAGCUUUUCUUUUUUAUUAUGCUA